GGUCCUGGAGCGCCGCGUUACCGAAGUGCUCCAUGUGUACGGCCUUCCCGGCAAGCUCCCGGAGCUCCGCCUUCCCGGCGUGCUCCCGAAGCCGGAGCCCCGCCUUCCCGGCGAGCCCAAACCUCCGUCGUGGAUGGUUUUCGUGGAAGCUCCCUUGCCGCCCCCAAGCUUGAGCUACGAAGAUGGCGGGAACGGCGACUCCAACCACACCAUCACCAUGGUCGUCGCCGACGUCCACGCCGAGCCACCGCUUUCGGGGUGGUGGCUUGCACGAAUACUAUUGCGCUGGCGCCGGAAGAUCGAGGAACUUCCACGCCAUGUGAUCUACGUGAUCGGCGCUGCGGCGAUCGUGGGCACAGGCUACAUAAUCUACUUGCUCGUCAAGCGGCGUCGUCGACCUCGAGAUGCUCGUCCGCCUCUACCCGGGAAUGGAGGCCAACCUCCACCUGGAGGUGACCAUCCUCAAGCCCCUAAGCUCAAGCACCUUCCAGAUGAUAGAGCGGCUUCGGGUGGCGAUGAUGCAGAGUACGACGAGGAUCAGGGCCCUGGCGACGGCGACGAGACAGGUGGUGAGGGAAGCGCUGCCUACGGCCUCCACGACAUCGCCGCGUUUGCUGUCGCCUUCAGCAACUCGCCUACAGGGCCAACCCUGUUGCUGAAUCCUGAGAAGUCCCACUUCAGUAUCCCGUGGUUCGAGAGGCUGACAAUCUUUGAUGUCUGCCCCCGCCCCAACCUCGUCGAGAGCACUUCUGGAAGCCGUGAUCUCCAGAUGGUGAGACCUGGUCUUGGUGUCCUUACAAGACCAUUACCAACUAAGUACAGAUCCCUGGGGGAUAAUUUCUGUGAGAGAGUUUUGACUUCACUUAUGCAUGAAACACUCAAAGCGGUGGUUGCACAGUACAAUGCCAGUCAGCUUAUCAUACCCAGAGAAGUCGAUGAACAAGAAGCUCAGCGUGCAAAGUUCAUUGUUGAGAAGGCUGAACAACAUAAGAGGAAGGCAGUCAUUACAGAACAGGGUGAAGCUAAGAGUGCAUUGGUCGAGCCUGCAACUAGAAGAAGAAGAGCUCGGGAUCUUUGAGAAGGUCCAGGAAGUAGAAGUAUCAAAAGAAUUUGGAUGGUGGGUCAUUUUUUGUAGCAGAGGAAGAAGUAGAAAAUUCUGAGAAGAGUUUGAUGUCUAGUUCGACGUGGUUCUUUUCUUUUCAGUAGUAGUUGGCUAUUGCAGGUUACAUAUCUGACUAGAUGCAGUCACGGUUCUCCAGUGAUCCUGGAUGUAGGUUUCACCACCACCGAGGAAAACAAUACAAGCCGAGAUGAAUUUAGUCUACUGAAGUAAAUGACAGAGACCGUGUGUAGUUGCGUGAUGUAUUCAUGAGUUUUGCUUCGCUUUUGAGAGAGAAGUGCAUAAUACGAAAGAGAAUGAAAGAUGUGGGAAAUUGGUACAGAACUGGCCAGAUGUAUUGGUCAUCAUUUUGGAACCAU